AUGAAAACAUACAUUUUUGUGUGGUGCAUAUGCAUGUGCGUUUUGGCACUCUCCUCAACACGGUCAAUUAAAAUCCAAAGAAAAAGUAUUCAUUUUAUCCACACACAAGCGUUAAAAAAUAUAUACACAAAUAAAAAGCCUCAGAAGAACCUUUUAAAUGUUCAUAAAGAACAAAAUUAUUUCAAGACAAUUCAGUUCAACAUAACCAAAGUUGUCAAUGGAGUUAACAAUCCAUACAACUUAGCCCUUAUCGUUUUUGCUUUUAGUUCCCUAAUUGGCUUUCUAUACAAGCGUAAAAAAGAAAAGACGACAGAACCAAAUGAAUCUACAGGAUCAGAGAACUUAUUUAAAUAUAAAUGCAUGAAGUGUAAUUUAGUUAUAUUUCCAGCUAAGGGACGAGAGCAGAGAUUUGUCAAGGAUAGCCUUAUUUGUCCCAACUGUGGUGAAUCGAACAUGAACAAACAUCAGACGAAGGAGUAA